AUGGCAUCUAAAAGACUUUACCCUCGAUCCACAAUCAAGAAGAUCGUCAAAGCCCAUUCGAAUCGCAGUCUCAGCAAGAACGCUGACGUCCUGCGACAAGAUUCCCCAUGGAUAGAUUUUGAGAAUAGAGAUUUCAAUGAAUUCGAGAAGAGAAGCAUAAGGCAAGUUUCUUACAUUGCAGAGCGAGUAGAUGAGUCAGUGGUCUUAGGCGCCCUGUCUUCGAGAAUCAAGGUCAUAUUGCUAGCUUACGGGCAGGAUUCACUCACGACCAAUCCUGCUGGCAUGACCCGAUUGACUAUCAAUGACCAAGCCUGGGAGUAA